UAGCUUCAGGGAAGAGGCGGAGUGUGGCGUGCAGUUAAAAGGCGUCGCAGGGCAGGCAGGUGUGGAAGACCUGACGCGCCCGGCGCGCUCCGCUCUACCGGACUCUCAGCCAGUCGGCGGCGCCGCAGCGCACAGCGAGCGCCUAGGCAGCCCCCGCCAGCGCCAGCCCAGACUCCGCGGGAGCGCACAGUCGCCACCCGCGACUUCGCGGAGCGCUCCCUCCCGCACAGUGCAGACCACCCGGAGGAGAAGAUGGAUUGGAGCACACUACAGACUAUUCUGGGGGGUGUCAAUAAACACUCCACCAGUAUUGGGAAGAUCUGGCUCACAGUCCUUUUCAUUUUUCGCAUUAUGAUCUUGGUAGUAGCCGCAAAGGAAGUGUGGGGAGAUGAGCAAGCCGAUUUUAUCUGCAACACUCUCCAACCUGGGUGCAAAAAUGUGUGCUAUGAUCACUAUUUCCCCAUCUCUCACAUCCGACUCUGGGCCCUUCAGCUGAUCUUCGUGUCCACACCAGCUCUCUUGGUGGCCAUGCAUGUUGCCUACCGGAGACAUGAGAAGAAAAGGAAGUUCAUUAAGGGAGAGAUAAAGAGUGAAUUUAAAGACAUUGAAGAGAUCAAAACCCAGAAGGUCCGCAUCGAAGGGUCACUGUGGUGGACCUACACUAGCAGCAUCUUCUUCCGGGUCAUCUUUGAAGCAGUCUUCAUGUAUGUCUUCUAUAUUAUGUAUGACGGGUUCUCCAUGCAGCGUUUGGUGAAAUGCAACGCAUGGCCUUGUCCCAAUACAGUGGACUGCUUUGUUUCCAGGCCCACAGAAAAGACUGUCUUCACGGUUUUUAUGAUUGCAGUGUCUGGAAUUUGCAUACUGUUAAAUGUCACUGAAUUGUGUUAUUUGCUAAUUAGAUAUUGUUCCGGAAAGUCAAAAAAACCAGUUUAACACAUUACCCAGCCAGUGGAUAAAAGAUAGGGAGAAAAGGAUGAGGCACAGGUGCUUUGCUGUCCAGGCACGGUCACCAGCAUUUCCCAAGAUCAAGAUUCUUAUCUUAAACGCAACCAUUUGAAACUGCUCUAGAUCUCAGUGAAACUCCAGAUGCCUCCAGCAGAGCUUUACUCUCCUUAAGCUUGAAAACAAAGGCAUAAUUCUAUGCCUAUACUGAUUUGUACUACAAUUAGUUCUAGUAAAACCCCAUGCUGGAAGGGGUUGUGGGUGUAGGUACUUUCAAAUUUUAAAUAAAGGACAUCAGCAUUUGUUUCUCUUUCUUUGAGGAAAGGAGAGAAACUCUGAGUUCUAAAGAGGAGGCUGAGAAGUUUGGGUUUCUUCCCUUAGGGCUCCCUUUGCCGCAUUCCCUGAAUUAAAGGUGAAGAUAGAGAUCCUUGAUUCUUUUAUUCGCUUGGGAAGUUUUAGUCUCUAACAAUGGGCAGGGUUAUCUAAUGCUUCAAACUCUGUCAUACUUUUUUUUUUUAAGUGAAAACUUUAAAAUGGGUAUGUUCUUUUGAUCUGUCAUUAGAUGUUCCUCAUAUUUCAAAGGCUCAGAUUAUGAUAUGUGUGCAACUAGACACUAUCACUGAAUUUAAAAUAUGGCCUUUCGGUUUUGAAAAAUUUGCAGUGCCGGAGAAGUUGUUUGCUCUUUUAAUUGUGAUAUGUAGCACAUGGAAGCAUUUCAGCCUCUCACACGUGAAACCACCUAGAAGUACUUGGUGAUGGCUUAUAACAGCAAAAGGCCUCAUUUCCAAAAUUUAGGUGUAAUUCUGCAUGAGAAAUGUGGACUGGAAGGACCACCAACCACCCUCAACUACAGUCUGGCACAAGACACCUUCUUUCCUUUACAGUGUUUGCCUUUUCCAUUACUGUGGUAAAUGGUAGGAACACUGAUUUAAAGAGGUUGCUUGGGAAUAUUUUAUUGCCACUGUACAAUUUAACGGUGCAGAACAAAAUGGAGCUCCAGAGGAGUAGUUACUAUAUUUUAAAGAACAGAUGAAAAGACUAGACUCUAAAUUCUGAUGACUAAAAAUGAGUUUUGUCUACUUCAAAAGUUUGCUUCCCAUUUCAGCAUCCAGCUUUCUUAAGUGAAAAUAGAACUGAUAGACCUUUGUUUUUAAAUAGAAACUAGAGUUUAGAAAAAUAUUUAGCAGUUCUAUAGGACAAAUUGAACCCUAAAAUUAUCAUUGUGCUUGACAUGGUUUCCAAAAAAUGGUACUCGACAUAUUUUAAUGAGGGUAAACAUUUUCCUAUUGCCAAGAAUAGCAUAGUAAAAACAUUUUGUAAUAAUAAAUAGCUUUAAUUACAUGCUUGUAACUAAAAUAAUUUUGUAAUAUCUCAAAUGUCACUUAAAAUAUUAAAAUAUAAUUAAUUCAUAA